AUAUUGAACAAUGAAGGAUUGCAUCAAUAUUUUGGAUGGCGAGUUUCAGAUUCUGUCCGUGACUCCAAACAUGUAUGAUGAAGUCGAAGAGCUGCUGGUCAAUAUAUCCGUAAACAAUGAAUUCGGAUGCCUGAUCACCAGUCUGAGGGAGUGCCCUUUGGCCAUUGCCGAGCUGCGUAAAUGGAUAAGAUACAUCCUAUCCUUAGGAAUUUCCUUCGCCAUACGCCAUGUGGAAAGUUUGAAAAUUGUAUCGGGAAUCGCCAAUAUAAUAUUUAAUGUGAAAAGAAUGAGCUCAUAUUAUGAUAUAAGAGCCCAGAUCAAAAGCCCAAACAUGAUUAAAUACAUCAAAUUGUGGGAUGCUGUCGAUUCGAGCUUCGAUGUCAAUGAGUAUUUUCACAUGGACAGUACUAUGGAUGUAGAAUACAUGGCCACUUUGCCGGAUUUUAGGCGACGCGGCCUGGCUAAAAUUUUGUGCCAGCAUUCCAUCGAUUUCGCGAGGCUAAUGGCACGGGGAAAGUUUCCUCCGGAGGUAUUUGCCCGAUUGUCUAAGGAGAUGCAGAUUGAAAGACCAAGGGCCGUAGUCACCGUAGCCACUUCUCCAACUGCUCAAAAAAUGGGCCACAGUCUGGGUAUGAAAGCUGUCCAUAAAUGGCACUUUUCUGAGCUAAGAAAUUUAGGUAAUAUAAUUACGGAGCCCAUUGACGGAGAGUCUAUUCAAUAUGCAGAGCUGCAAGUAAUCGAAGUUUAA